AUGAAACGAGACAAUCAAAGUAGGGUGACGGAAUUCAUCUUGAUUGGAUUUUCCAAUUUCCCAGAUCUGCAGGCCCCACUGUUUGCGGCUUGCUCCAUCAUAUACAUGGCCACUUUGGCGGGAAACGUCAUCAUCAUUGCUACGAUAAUGCGCAACUCCACCCUCCACAUCCCCAUGUACUUCUUUCUCGCCAUGCUCUCCAGCUCAGAAACCUGCUACACUCUCACCAUCAUCCCCAAUAUGCUUGUCAAUCUUCUAAGCAAAAAGGCAACUAUUUCGUUCACUGGUUGUGCUAUUCAGAUGUUUGCAUUCCUGGGUUUCGCGUGUACAAAUGCUCUGCUUCUCACAGUGAUGGGGUACGACCGGUAUGUCUCCAUAUGUAAAGCUUUACAUUACCCGGUUCUGAUGAAUCAGAGAUGUUGUACCAAACUGGUUGUCUUUUCAGCAAUGGGUGGUUUUUUAAUUUCCGCAAUCUGUUCAUUUUCUGUGUUCACCUUGCCAUACUGUGGGCCUAAUAAAGUCGAUCUUUUCUUUUGCAACAUAGCACCUUUGCUUAAGCUGGCCUGUGCCCAAAGUUAUAUAGGGGAUACUUUCAUUUUUCUUUGUUCUGUUUUGGUCGUAGCUUUCUGUUUCCUUCUAAUCCUUCUCUCAUAUAUUUUAAUCUUAAACACAAUCCUGAAAAUCCCCACCGCGGAGGGGAAGCGCAAGGCUUUUUCGACUUGCGCCUCCCAUCUCAUUGUGGUGGUUGUGCACUUUGGGUGUGCUUCCAUUAUUUACCUGAGGCCCCAAUCCAGGUACUCUUUGAAGGGGGACAUUUUUAUCUCCGUCACAUACACACUGGUGACCCCAUUGCUGAAUCCUUUUGUUUACAGCCUGAGGAACAAGGAUGUCCAAAUGGCACUCAAGAAAUCCCUGGGCAGAAGCAUGUGCAGCCGGAAGAUGUGA